AUGAUGAAGCUCCUGGCCGUCGCUUUGGUGGUUCUUGUCUGCAUUUCAGUCGCAGUCGUAGAUGGAAGAAAGAACAAGAGAGGGAAGGAUCGUCUCCAGCAUUUGGAGAAGCGAAGAGAGUUCCCUAGGAACAGAAUGAAGGAAAAACCAAAUGUUGUUGAACCCAGUAAUGACGCUGUUGCUAAUAAGGUAGGGAAUAAUGUAAAAAAAACUUCACGAAUCAGUUGUAUUAAACCGCUGGAAUGUUUCUGGUUGAAGAGACUUUUAAACUGCGCAUAACAACUUUGAAAUUCAAACUUAAGGUAGGGAAGUAUUUCCGAAAUACGUCGAACUGGAGAACUUGAGUUUUCAAUGUCUCAGUGUUGUUUGACAUAACUCGGCACAACUGACUCGAGCGCAUUUGAUUUCUUCUCAUGCGACUACACACAAGAUCCAAGCCAUUAUGGAGCUUUCAAUUGCUCUGCAACAGUUUGCGAUGAUUCAAAGGGUUUCGCUAAAGUAACAGUAGAUUCGCAUUUGUUUUUUCCGCUUAGUACGCUUGAAGGAAUCCGUCGCUUCGACUGAGUCUGGAAGCCCAGUUUAAUUUAUACGAAACGCUUAUUAAGGCCGCCAACUCAAUCUUUACUAUUUUUCUAAUGCUGUUGCAGUUUUGCGGCUUUUUGGUGCAACACAGGUUAUGAAAUCGUUAGAGAUGAUAGCAUUGACGAAAAGCACGGUGUUGCGGUUUUUAUUAGUUCGUGAAGACGGACGCAGAUUCUGCUGCGGCUUUGUACGACUUUACCAAAUAACAUGCAAAUAUGCGCUCCCCUCAAAUGUUUAUACAAAGUAUUGAUACUCUAAGAAUAAAAAUAACUGAUACGGUUUUCGAGAUGCUUAUAACUUAUAAACAUAAACCUUAGUAUAAAACUAGAAAGGUUCAUCUCUCGGAUAGUUGGUAACUGAAAUCUAAACAGAAAAGACCAGUUUGGAAGUAGAUAUUAAUGAAGUACCGUGCGUUUUUGCUUUGUGCUGACUGUAUUAUGAUUAGUUGAGGUUCACUAAUCAACAGAAUUUCUUCUAAAUGAAAGAGAAUUCAUAUUUAAAGUUCAAACAUACUCAAAAUGGUUGCAAAGCUUCUCAAAAAAACAAAGCACAUCAAGGUAAAGAGGCAUUCAUCAUAAGUUUGUCUUGAAAGUAGCUCCUACGUGUAAACUAAUUAGUGAAAGAUCGAUGAACUAACAAAAGCAAACGGAGUAGCUUAUAUUUGCAUCCCCAAGAGAUCAUAUAAUCCUAAAUGUUAAUUCGACGCCAUUGAAGAAAGUGAGACGAAAGUCAUAAAGUAAUAUUGAAACUCAUGGCCACUUCAAAUCGAUCAUUAUCCUGUUCGAGUCAUGUCCACUUAUUUAGUGUUCUAGAUCUAAAUACUAGAUCGGGUAUACAGUGUAUCAUAUAUUAAAAAAAAACGGUUUUUGAUAGCUGAUAUCAUGUGAUAUAUACAGCAGUCAUAGCGCGGAAUAUUUGUUCUGUUAGAAAAUAGAAAAUGAUGAUAUCAUGAAAUCUUGGUAUGUUAAACACUUUUGUAUUGUAUACCACCACGAAACCUAAAAAUAUCAACCUCACUAGACGACAAUAUUACAUUUUGCAUUUUAAUGAAGAUUGUUUGCAGCUUCUCUUUUUGUACUCGUAACGGCCAGCAUGUAACCGGGUAUCAAUAGCGUCCUAUAAACUGCUCAACGCAUCGACAUUAAAUCAAAUAAGAGACUUUACAAAACCAGUUUGAAGGGGUGUAUGGCAGUUACGCCUAGGCUCUUAGUAGAUAAUAGUUUUAUUAUAUUACGCAACAAAAAUGUUCCGAUUGGCGGACGCUUUCUGUGAUUUUACAUAAAUUAUUCUGGUUUGUGUGUCACACCAAGGGUUAUGAUUAGAUUUGCUGAUCGGUUUUUUAUGUUUUUUUUUAGUAAUCUCCGCCCUUUGUCAAGUUUUUGUUAUUUCUUUUUAAAUUUAGUUGAAAACCUUUUAUUAUAUAUUACACUGAAUGGAAAAGAAGUAAUGAGCGCUUCCACACUAAAAGCAUUUAGAAGCAAAAGGAUCAUCAGCUUCUCAGUAGAGACUGCCUUUAAACUCACUCAGCGUCUUUUAUACGAAUUGCUAUAUUCAAUUAAUUAGAGUUAAUAAAUCGUGACAGCGACGGUUAUUGGCGCUUUCUGAUCUGAACUAGAAGGAGGAGAAAAUUUGUCUAUGAAUGUACAAUUUAUAGACAUUUUACUGUCUUUGUAAAUCGGUCCAGUUUUUUCAGUGACUGCCGGCGGGAGCCUUUUGUAUUAAUGCUUGCGUUUAUUGCCAAGCAAAUCAAUAAGUCAGUAACAUAAGGGUCAACAAGGAAUUAUUGUUGAUAAGAACUGCUUUUCCAAAAAAAAGAAAUCUUAUUCAAAGUUUAGAUAGUACCCAACACAGAGUUUCUUAAUUCAUUCCGUCAUCCCAACCCAAAUUCAGUUUUCACUCAGCCCCUUCAAUUUCAGUUGUUAUUUUCGACAUCCUGCAUCUCGUAAACUACCUUUCAACCGAGAAUCUCGUUCCAAUUUUUCUUUAGAAUCCCUAAUCCAGGCCUUCAAAUAAGCCAAAUCCGGGAUUCCGAUAAAUGUACUGGGACAAGGCUUCGGUAACAAUACAUCAUCUCUUAACUAUAAUGAUCCCAAAAACUCGCAUUGUGAUAUUUUGAGUAACAUUUAAUAUAUCGUCCUUGCAGAAGGAGGACGCCAAGGCAGGUCCGGUCAUUAGCAACGAUGCAAAGGCUCAAAAGGCUCAGAAACCUUCACAUGAAGAUAAACGAGACUUCAAAAAUCAUCACAAGAAACGCGAAUUCAAGCACAACCAAGCUAAGCUUGACCUGGACCAAAUGGAGAACUUCCACAAGCGUCACCAUGGCAACAAGUUUGAUAUGCAUCCCAAUGACGUCAGAAUGAUCAGGAAGGGAAAAAUGAGUCGUGAAAUGUUGGUAGAUAGAGAUCUACCAGAGGCAGAGAUCACAAAACGAAUGAUGAAACUCAUGAAGAAGAGGGCUAAACAUCAGAUGAGGAACCAUAGCCACCAGAAGCGUCGUGAUCAGAAGCGCCGCUUAAAGGAAAAUGCUCCUUAA